AUGGCAGCAAAGGUUUCUCUUUGUUUCUUCCUCCUAUUUCUUUCCCUGGCCAUUGCCACCAUCAAGACCAAGCGUACCAUCCAGUUUGUGGACUGGUGCCCCACUGGCUUCAAAGUGGGCAUUAAUUACCAGCCUCCUGUGGUGCCCUUUGACCUGGCCAAAGUCCAGCGAGCUGUGUGCAUGCUGAGCAACACCACAGCCAUCGCUGAGGCCUGGGCUCGCCUGGACCACAAGUUUGACCUGAUGUAUGCCAAGCGUGCCUUUGUUCACUGGUAUGUGGGGGAGGGCAUGGAGGAAGGGGAGUUUUCUGAGGCCCGUGAGGACAUGGCUGCCCUUGAGAAGGAUUAUGAGGAGGUUGGAGAGGAUAGUGCUGAAGGAGAGGAUGAGAGUGAAGAGUAUUAGGCUGUCUGCUAUGAU